AUGUUCAGUUCGGCGUCUACGGCUACGCGUUCCAGAUUUCUCGAGGCGAUGAAAUCUGUGGGGUGUCUUGUUUUGUCCUGCAGGUUUUUAGCCCUUUACGCUCCAAGCCGUACCUUCGCUACCUCCGUCGGAGAGAACUUCCUUCCAAAGAAGUACGGUGGAAAGUACACUGUGACUCUGAUCCCUGGUGAUGGUAUUGGUAAGGAGAUCACUGACUCUGUCAAGUCCAUCUUCAAGCAGGAGAACGUCCCAGUUGAGUGGGAGACCAUCGAGCUUUCUGGUCAGGACUCCGAUGCCAAGAUCGAUGAGGCCGUUCUCUCUUUGAAGAGAAACAAGGUUGGUUUGAAGGGUAUACUUUACACUCCCACCGGCACCGUCACCAGAUCUCUUAACGUUGCCCUUAGAAAGGAGCUCGACAUCUACGCGUCCUUGGUCUUGAUCAAGAACAUUCCAGGUGUGGACACCAAGCUCAAGGACAUUGACAUGGUCCUUGUGAGAGAGAACACCGAGGGUGAGUACUCUGGUCUCGAGCACGCGUCUACCCCAGGUGUUGUCGAGUCCCUCAAGAUCAUCACCAAGUUCAAGACCGAAAGAAUCGCCAGAUUUGCAUUUGACUUUGCCAAGAAGAACGACAGAAAGACUGUCACUGCCAUCCACAAGGCCAACAUCAUGAAGUUGGCUGAUGGUCUCUUCAGACAGACUGUUAAGGAGGUUGGUACUACCGAGUACCCAGGCAUCGAUGUCAAGGACAUGAUUGUCGACAACGCCUCCAUGCAGGCCGUUUCCUGGCCACAGCAGUUUGACGUUUUGGUCACUCCUAACCUUUACGGUUCUAUCCUCUCCAACAUCGGUUCUGCUCUGAUUGGUGGUCCAGGUCUCGUCCCUGGUGCCAACUUUGGUAGAGAACAUGCCGUUUUCGAGCCAGGUUGCAGACACGUCGGUCUGGACAUUAAGGACAAGAACGUUGCCAACCCAACUGCCAUGAUCCUUUCCUCCACCAUGAUGUUGAGACACUUGGGUUUGGACGCCUUUGCUGACAAGAUCUCCAAGGCCACCUACGAUGUCAUUGCUGAGGGCUCCAUCAGAACCCCAGACAUUGGAGGUAAGAACACCACAACCGAAUUCACAGAAGCCAUCUUGAAGAAGUUGCAAGCUUAA